AUGGUCCGCAUUAAAGAGGAAGACCGAGAUGGAGAAUCCACCGCCUCCUCCAGCCGGCACAUGUCCCACGAUAUACCCCCACAUCAAACACCUGAGCCAGGUGAAGUUCCGACCGAGCCCGCGGCACUACGACUUCCUCCAUGUCACCCCCUGUGGAUUCUCCAGGCAGCAUUCGCAGAGAAUGAUCGGGUCAGUCGGGCUGAUAUGCGGAAGGACACAAAUGCGGAGAAUACCAGCAUCUAUGGUGAUUUCGAAGGGAGGAGGAAUCCGCGGACCAGAAGACGACCAGACGAUUCCCACGCCAGUACAGGCUCUUCUCACUCAUCACGAUCUACAGAUGAGGAGAAUAUAGAGUAUAUCUCUGAACGUCGUCGGUUCCCGUCCCUGUCUCCCACUCGCCAUAGCUCGCGCACGAGUUCAGCCUCCUCAAAUCGUCGCCCAGACGGUCGUGCUUCCGACUGCCGGCCUCCUAAUUUAAGCCCUGCUAAGUUUCCACCACCGGUACCAGAUGCAAAAGCCCUCGAAGGUCCCAAGAGAUGCGAAUGCCCAAUUCAUCUUACUUGCGGCGUCAGAGAUGAUAAUUGGAUUGAUUGUCGAAUCCUGGUUCCAAUAUGGGAGAAAUGGAGAAAAGCUCAACGCGAAGUUGACCCGUGGGCGCAGAUACCAGAAGACGAGAUUGAGAACUUCGCGACCCCGGUAGCGAUCAGAGCCAUCUGCCCGUUACUGGACGAAUUGGCCAACUUACUUGGUACUCCUAGAUCCAUUGACGCUGUCUGCAACGAUGUUAGAGUCUGGCUAUGGAACAUGCGAAUGUUCUCGGUUCGUGAAGAUGACAUUAACGCCGAGGAUCCAAUACAGCGGAUCGACGACUUCCUCUCAGAUUACGACGCCAUGACGGGUCGUGCCAAGCGAUUGCCGGAUGACAUCAAGGAGGAUUUGACGAUCCAGCUCCGAAAAUGGCAGCGUGGUGACUUCGGUGUCCUUCCACAUCGUGCUUUUGUGCGCGACGGCAAAGGUCGCUGGAUCAGAAACGCGAAUUGGAACCAUCGAGACGGCAGAUUCUUUGGUGACGGUCACCUUGUCAAUGGACAGACGUUCAAGAAUCGCAGAAUCAUGGCCUCUGAAGGCGCGCAUGCACCCCCACAAGCGGGCAUAUCGGGGAACACCAGAGACGGCGCUUAUAGUGUCGUCAUGGGCCUUCAUGAGCCGUCAAAGCAGAUGGUCUAUGCAGACGUCGAUUGUGGCGACACCAUUUACUACAUCAGCACGGCUCUCCCAUUGAAGGAGGACGAUCAGGACCCGCCAACUAAUCACUUCGACCCCGAGGAUGAAGCACUGUACGUCGAUCCCGAGACUGCAACCGUUGGCGCGAGAGCUUUGAUGAUCAGCCACGAGACCAGACAGCCCGUCAGAGUCUUCAGAUCAUAUAAGGCUGCACCGAUCGUUCCAAAUAAGCCAGUCAAGGGCUUUCGCUAUGAUGGGCUUUACCGUGUGGAAGACGUGGUUUGCUUGAAGCAGAAGCGCCAGAUCUAUCGCUUCAAGAUGGUGAGACUGCGUGGGCAAGGAGCGCUAAGAGGUAUGCUCGCUGUGUCGUCGAAUCCACGAACAGCAGGGACGAAGAAACGCCGAGAGCCAUCUGGCGGCGAGAACGCAGGUUCAAGCCGUUCGGUGAAGCGAUCGCGCAAGUAG